UGUGCAAGCAUUGUAACUGAGCUCUGCAAGGGCACAGAACACCUGGAACACUGCCAUGCCUCUUGCUGCCCCCAGCUGACAGAUGAAGCUGUGAAAACAAUGGCAUUUCAGUGCCACAGACUGACAUCUGUCAGCACAGGAGGUUGCCCAAAGAUGAUUGACACAAGUAUCCAACACUUGGCUGCAGCCUGCCACUAUCUCCCCUUCUUGGACAUCUCAGGUUGCAUUCAUCUUACUGACAACCUGAAAUAUCUUUGGAAAGGCUGUGAGCUACUCCAGAUUCUCAUGACACUGUACUGUAGAAAAAUUACCAAACAAGCUGUCUUGGAAUACCCAGCUGAACUGGAGAAACAGGAACAUAACGAUGCUGACCAUCCUUCCUGGCUUGGAUAUGACUGGGAUGGUAACAUACCACCUUCAUCAAAAAACACAGAUCAGAGCCUGAAAAAACAAAUUCUUCAAAAUGAAAAAUGAAGAAAUUGUGCAGCAUCUCUACAGUUCAAGGGUUUUUCUCUAGAGCAUGAAAAGACCACUGUAUUAUUUUUUCUUAAAACUAAUCACACUUUAAUAAAAGGCCAUUUGUUGCAUUAGUAGGGAAGCAUAGCAAAUCUUUCUCACUGGAGUAUGAAUGCCUUCAAGCAAGACAGCUGCACCAGACAGCACUGCUGGCUCUCAGAUGUUGAUUCAAGCUGUCUUCAUCUUUCAAUAAUGAAAGUUUUUGUAGUCCCGUGCAGAGUAAGCAACGAAUAAAUCUGCAUGUGUUAGAGGAUUUGUUUGCCAUGAAGGUCCUCUCCAGGACAUAAACACUGACUCCCCAGAGAACUUCACUCUUGCUGUGGCUGGUACUCAUCAAGUACAGCCUUCUUGAGGAGUGGAGAGCAGUGAGUAGGCAGUGACUACAGAUUCUUUAAUACACAACUACAGCCACGCACUUGAGCACAGUUCUCCUCUUCUCAACAGUCACUUGUGCCCCCAGAGCCCUCAUUCUCAUAAAAGCCUCUUGGGCUGAGUCCAGCUCUCUGAACAAGCUGAUGUUCUUGUCUGCAGGUCUGAACUGUGGGCUGGCUGGCAGCUGAGAGAGCAGGAGAACCAAAUUAAAGGGAGCACAGAUGAAAAAAGUGUUAAAGUUUAAAUUUGCUCCAGUUACAAGAAUGUCUUCUCAUCAAAUGGACAAAAAAAGAUAUAUGGGCACACAAGGGAUUUGCCAUUCAAAUUCUAAUUGCUGAUAACCUACUAAUCUUCCCUUGUCUAGAGAUAAAUACAGUUUCACCUCAUUAGAGCAGAACAAGACAUUGUUCAAUGCCUUUGGGGAAACUCAUAAGGCAGGGUUUGUCCUCCUUCAACUCAUUCUUGACCUUCAUAUUAACAUUCUAGCUGGUCUCAACAUGUUUUAGCUUGGAAUGAAUAUAAUCAGUAGCUUUAGUGGUAGCACAAUUUUUCUGCUGGCUGAUUAAAACUUAUUUAAGCAAGUAACUAACAAGUCUGAUGUUUAAUUCCUGCCAGAUUUAGCAAAUUAAUUCAAAGUCUGAGUUUGCUUUCUUUUGAAUAUGGAACAAAUAACAUAUUUUCUUACUAUGUUCUCCCUUAAAUUGCUGAUGCAGCAGUCUCAAAAAUCACAACCUUAAUCUCAGAGGCUGACAGGCUUUGUAUUUCAGGUGAAUAAUGGGACCAUUAAAUGGAUUCAAUCUUGUGAAGUACCUACUAGAUUGUUUUCAUGUGGUGUGAAUUUUGAGGUGCUUUUUUCACUUUGGCUGCAGCAGGGCACAGAAAUCAUUAAUUUCAAAUAUUCU